AAAUAGAUCACUUUUGUUUAUUAUUAAACGAGAAGAAAACCAGAAUCUCCCAUAAAUCAACCAAAUAACACUAUAACCUAGACUUUUCUUCCUUCCAUUUCCCUCACUUUCCCGAGAAAAUCCUAUUCUCACAGUGUCACUCGGGAAAUUAAUCUGAUUGACUCAUAAAUAGAUAAGAGGGUGGCGAGUGACGGAGUGAGUGAGCUUAAUCUUUCUUAAUGGGGGAUCAUCUACAGAGUCUGGGGUCGGAGGCCGAAGGACUCGAAUCCAACGUCAAGGACGAGCUUUGCAUGGAUAUCGAUCCUCCGUUUAGUGAAAACUCCGCCACCGCCGACGAUUGGAGGAAGGCACUCAGCAAAGUUGUUCCUGCCGUGGUCGUCCUCCGGACAACGGCAUGCCGCGCCUUCGACACUGAGGCUGCUGGUGCCAGCUACGCUACCGGCUUCGUCGUUGACAAGCUUCGCGGGAUUAUCCUCACCAAUCGCCAUGUCGUCAAAUCUGGUCCUGUAGUUGCAGAAGCUAUGUUUGUCAACCGUGAAGAAAUUCCAGUGUAUCCUAUAUACAGGGAUCCAGUCCACGAUUUUGGUUUCUUUCGUUAUGAUCCAGCUGCAAUACAAUUUCAUGUCUAUGAGGAGAUUCCUCUUGCGCCUGAAUCUGCUUGUGUUGGACUGGAAAUUAGGGUUGUUGGUAAUGAUAGUGGUGAGAAGGUAUCUAUAUUGGCUGGUACCCUUGCUCGGUUAGAUAGGGAUGCUCCUCACUACAAAAAGGAUGGUUACAACGACUUUAAUACUUUUUAUAUGCAAGCUGCAUCUGGGACUAAAGGUGGUUCAAGUGGUUCCCCUGUCAUUGAUUGGCAAGGGAGGGCAGUGGCUUUAAAUGCUGGUAGCAAGUCAUCAAGUGCAUCAGCAUUUUUUCUACCACUGGAACGGGUUGUAAGGGCGUUGAAGUUUCUUCAGAACAGCAGAGAUCUUUCUUGUAAUAAAUGGGAAGCAGUUUCCAUACCUCGUGGAACGCUUCAGGUGACAUUUCUUCAUAAAGGAUUUGACGAGACACGGCGACUUGGUCUCCAAAGUGAAACUGAGCAGAUGGUUCGACAUGCAUCACCACCUGGUGAAACUGGAAUGCUUGUUGUUGACUCUGUUGUGCCUGGGGGCCCAGCUUAUAACUGUUUGGAGCCUGGAGAUGUUCUUGUUCGUAUGAAUGGUAAAGUAAUCACCCAAUUCCUAAAAAUGGAGACCUUACUUGAUGAGAGUGUUAACCAGAAGGUUGAGUUACAAAUUGAAAGGGGUGGUACGUCACUGAAUGUAGACUUAACGGUUCAGGAUUUACAUUCAAUAACCCCUGAUUAUUUCUUAGAAGUUAGUGGCGCAGUAAUUCAUCCUCUUUCGUAUCAACAGGCUAGAAAUUUCCGUUUUAAUUGUGGCCUUGUAUAUGUUACAGAACCAGGAUACAUGCUCUUUAGAGCUGGCGUCCCACGUCAUGCCAUUAUUAAGAAAUUUGCUGGUGAAGAAAUAUCACAACUUGAGGAGCUAAUUUCAAUUCUAUCAAAGCUUUCUAGGGGUGCUCGGGUGCCGUUGGAGUAUGUUAGCUACACAGAUCGUCACCGUCGAAAGUCAGUCUUGGUGACAGUAGAUCGCCAUGAGUGGUAUGCUCCCCCUCAAAUUUAUAAGCGUGAUGAUAGCACUGGUCUUUGGAAUGGCAAGCCUGCUUUUCAACCUGUCUCUAUGCUACCAUCUUCUGUGAAUGGCCUUGGAGUUCUCUCUGGCCAGGAAGUACCAUUAAGCACUGAGGGCACUUGUAUUGAACACAUGAAUCCAGACAACCUUGAAUUGACUGAUGGUCAUGGUGUUGCAAGUAUGGAAACCAACUGUGAACUUGUCUUAGAUGAAACAAAUUCUCGGGUUGAAGUUGAUCUCGAAGUGAAGAAACGACGUGUGCAUGAGCUGUCUGUGGAUGGAAAUCUUGCUGCUGAAUAUACGGUGCCUGGAACAAGAAAUGCUAAGCUGGAGGAUCCAAUUACAAUGGAGAAUGCUAUGGUGAGGGAAUAUCAAGGUGCAACUCCUGUUGCUGCUAAUGCUUCAUUUCCUGAACGAAUGAUAGAACCCACUUUGGUUAUGUUUGAGGUUUAUGUGCCUCCGUCAUGUAUGCUUGAUGGCGUCCAUUCACAACAUUUUUUUGGUACUGGUGUAGUAAUAUAUCACUCAGGGAACAUGGGAUUAGCUGCGGUAGACAAGAACACAGUUGCAAUAUCAGCAUCAGAUGUGAUGCUGUCAUUCGCAGCAUUUCCCAUUGAAAUUCCAGGAGAGGUAGUUUUUCUCCAUCCUGCUCACAACUAUGCUCUUAUUUCAUACGAUCCCUCUGCUCUUGGACCUGUUGGUGCCUCAGCUGUUCGUGCCGCUGAGUUACUUCCUGAGCCAUUACGCCGUGGAGACUCAGUAUAUCUCGUGGGUUUAAGUAGAAGCCUGCAAGCAACAUCCCGGAAAUCCAUUGUUACGAACCCAUGUGCUGCAUUAAAUAUUGGCUCAGCUGAUUGCCCACGGUACAGAGCAACCAAUAUGGAAGUAAUUGAACUUGAUACUGAUUUUGGUAGUUCAUUUUCGGGUGUCCUGACUGAUGAGCAGGGAAGGGUCCAAGCUAUAUGGGGAAGCUUCUCAACUCAGAAAAGAAAACGCUUAAGGAAACAAAUGCUGAAGUUUGGGUCGACCACUUCAGAAGAUCAUCAAUUUGUUCGAGGCAUCCCAAUUUCCACAAUCAGCCAAGUUCUUGACAAAAUUAUAACUGGUGGAAGUGGGCCUCCUCUUCUCAUAAAUAGUGUUAAAAGGCCAAUGCCUCUUGUAAGAAUUUUAGAGGUUGAGCUAUAUCCGACAUUGCUAUCAAAAGCCAGGAGUUAUGGGCUAAGCGAUGAUUGGGUUCAGGCUCUAGUUAAGAAAGAUCCAGUCAGACGACAAGUUUUACGUGUUAAAGGGUGUUUUGCUGGAUCAAAAGCUGAAAAUCAAUUAGAACAAGGAGACAUGGUGUUGGCUAUCAACAAGGAGCCAGUUACAUGCUUCCAAGACAUUGAGGAUGCAUGUCAUGCCUUGGACAAGUAUGAUAACAAUGAAGGGAAACUUAACAUUACCAUUUUCAGACAGGGACGUGAAAUUGAUCUUCAAGUGGGAACUGAUGUUAGAGAUGGAAGUGGCACCACUCGUGUAAUAAAUUGGUGUGGUUGUAUUGUUCAGGAUCCUCAUCCUGCAGUUCGUGCUCUUGGAUUUCUUCCAGAAGAAGGUCAUGGAGUUUAUGUGGCAAGGUGGUGUCAUGGCAGUCCAGUGCAUAGAUAUGGCCUAUAUGCUCUUCAGUGGAUUGUUGAAGUUAAUGGAAAGCCAACUCCAAAUUUAGAUGCUUUUGCAGAUGUGACAAAGGGUCUAGAACAUGGAGAGUUUGUUCGUAUAAGGACAGUGCAUCUGAAUGGGAAGCCUAGAGUACUAACACUGAAGCAGGACUUGCAUUACUGGCCUACCUGGGAGUUGAGGUUUGAUGCGGAUACUGCAACAUGGCGUCGAACCGUAAUAAAAACACUAGGAUGAAGUAUCACGAGUGCCAAAAUGAGACUUUGCUUGCAAAGUUCCUUCGAAAUACUUCUCACUUCAUGCUACCUUGGAGGUUCAGAGUAAUGAACUCAAUCUAGUACAUUUUGGAAGAGCUUGAAAACUGAAGAUCAUAAUGUCAUUUUGAUUUUUGGAUGGGAAUAUAGCAUAUUCCUAUCAUAAAUUCUUGUAAGAACUUCAUUUUAUGUGAAGAGUAUUUUAGAUGUGGAAUCUUAUUUCAUAAAAGAUGCCUUAAGUCAUUUUACUAGGACAACAAAUAUAUAUUAUAUUGUAUUAUUAUACUAGGCUCAUAUUUGAUUUUUCUAUUACCCA